AUGGAGCAGUUCCUUGCUGCGCAAACACAGCUGUUGACUCAAAUGGCCAACGCCAUGGCCAAUCUACAAGCUCAAGCGAACCAAGCUCCAGUACUACAGCCGCCACAGAGGGAUCGCCACCGUGACUUCAUGAGUCACAGACCUCCUACUUUCUCCCACUCACCAAAUCCUCUUCACACCGAUGACUGGCUCAAGACCAUUGAGAAGAUGCUGAACAUAGUUCAGUGUACAGACAGGGAGAAAGUACUGUAUGCCUCAGGUAAAUUGGAAGGAACUGCAACAGACUGGUGGGAUGCUUAUACCGCCGCCCAUGCUGAUCAAAACACCAUCACCUGGGAUGAGUUCAAGACUCAAUUCAGGGAGCACCACAUACCUGAGGGUUUGAUGAAGCUGAAGAGGCAGGAAUUCCUAGCUCUGAAGCAAGGGGGAAUGUUUGAUAGCUUCCAGAAACUGGUGGACAAUGCCAUCUCCGUGGAGAAUGCUCGCAAGGAGAUGGGUGAGCAGAAGCGGAAGUUCGAGUCACAAGGCCAGUCUAGCAACUCGCGACCGCACUUUGGACCCCCACAAGGAAACCAGAUUCACCCAGGAGGACAGAAUGCCAACUUUGGGCAGAACCAGUAUCAGUACCCGCGCCAAAACACUCCUGCUCAGAACAAUGCUAGCGGACAGAGGCAGACUCCACAGCAGCAGCCCAGGAACAACAAUCAAACCCCGCAGAGCAACAGAGGACAGCAGAACUACAUCCGUGGCAGGGUCAACCACAUGGCUGCAGACACCGCUCAGGAGGCUCAGGACGCUGUGUUCGCCAAGUACUCCAUACCGCUUUGCACCAUGCCUAGAGCUAUGCUAGUAAACUCACCCGGGGAAAAUAUGAGAGCUAUGUACCAGUGCCACGGAAUUAAAAUUCAGAUUAUGGGUAGAGAGUUUGAUGCAAGACCUAUAGUUCUGGAUUCGGAUGGAAUUGAUGUUAUCCUUGGGAUGGAAUGGUUAAACAAGCAUGAUGCUGUCAUCCAAUGUGCCAAGAGAUCAGUGCUCCUUACCAGCCCAGCAGGUGAGAGGUUUGAGUUUGUUGCAACCUCUCCAACACCAGUAGAUUGUACGGUGAAUCAGAUGAAGGCUGCUCUGAUAGAGGACAUCAGGGUAGCAUGCGAGUACUCCGAUGUGUUCCCCGAUGACUUGCCAGGUAUGCCACCUGAACGUGACAUUGAGUUUAUCAUAGAUUUUUUACCUGGUACUGCACCUAUUGCUAAGAGACCAUAUAGGAUGUCCGCUGGUGAACUAGAAGAACUUAAGAAACAAUUAAAGGAAUUGUUAGAUAAGAAAUUUAUUCGAGCUAGUUCGUCACCAUGGGGAGCCCCAGCGAUCUUUGUGGACAAGAAGGAUGGUACACAGAGGAUGUGUGUGGACUACAGGUCAUUAAAUGAAGUUACUAUCAAGAACAAGUAUCCGUUGCCUCGUAUAGAGGAUUUGUUUGAUCAGCUGAGAGGAGCCAAGGUAUUCUCCAAGAUCGAUCUGAGGUUGACCAAUGCACCAGCUUACUUUAUGUACUUGAUGAAUAAGGUGUUUAUGGAGUAUCUCGACAAAAAAGCUAACGUGGUUGCAGAUGCUUUGAGCCGCAAGAGCCAUGUAAAUGCAAUGAGAGUUAGGCAGAUGCCUCAAGAAUUGUGUUGGGAGUUUGAGAAACUCAACCUUGGUUUUGUUGGGCACACCGAGGGAAUCACUAUAGAAGUCGAGCCGACUCUUGAGCAAGAGAUACGGAAGGGUCAGCUUGAGGAUGAUAAGAUCAAGGAGAUCAAGGAGCUGAUAAAAAGAGGCAAGGUACCUGAUUUUACUGAGGAUGAACAUGGAACCAUGUGGUUCAGAAAGAGGAUAUGUGUGCCAGAGGUGGAUCAUCUGCGAGAGAAGAUUCUAAAGGAAGCCCAUGAUUCAGCCUAUUCGAUUCACCCAGGUAGCACCAAGAUAUACCAGGAUUUGAAAGAAAGGUAUUGGUGGUAUGGCAUGAAGCGUGAUGUUGCAGCUCACGUGGCCAUAUGGGAUGUGUGUCAGAGAGUCAAGGCAGAACAUCAGAGACCAGCUGGUUUGUUGCAACCGUUGAAAAUACCAGAAUGGAAAUGGGAAGAAAUUGGUAUGGAUUUCAUUGUGGGGUUACCACGUACAAAGGAUGGCUAUGAUUCUAUAUGGGUUAUUGUGGAUAGGUUGACAAAGGUAGCUCAUUUCAUUCCAGUAAAGACUACUUACUCGGGAGCCAAACUGGCAGAGCUAUACAUAUCUAGGAUUGUCUGCCUACAUGGGGUACCUAAGAAGAUUGUGUCUGACAGAGGCACUCAGUUCACGUCUCGGUUUUGGCAGAAGUUACAUGAGUCAGGUGUUAGAGGAUAUGCUUAG